AUGUCUUUUCAGGUACCUAUCGGAGUAUGUGAGGCCACCAUCCCUGGUCUAGGGACGGUGAACGGGUUGGAGUAUGCCAAUGGCGUCCAGCAAUUCUGUGGUAUUCCGUAUGCCCAUCUCUCAAAGCGCUGGUCACGGUCAACAUUGAGAACAAACUGGGAGGGAGGUCAUCAUGAUGGAACAAGACUAGGAAACGAUUGUCCAAGUCCCAUUGUCGAUGGAGAUGAUGCCGAUGACUUGGUACCUGUUCCUCCGGCAGCACAUUUCUCUCAUCCUCGAUCAGUCGACGAACUGUCUGCUCUCGUCAUGAAUAUCGUCAUUCCGUAUCCAUUGAAAGAAGGCAGCCAAGGCCUUCCAGUCUUCGUCUACGUCCACGGCGGAUCCCUACUGUACGGAGGCGCAAAUCUCCCAAUCUUCGAUGCAGUGAACCUAGUUUCCCAAAGCAUCGCCAUUGGCUUGCCAAUUAUCUGCAUAAACUUCAACUAUCGCGUCGGUAUUGGUGGAUUCCUUGCUGGAAAAGCCAUUGCCGAUGAACUCAAGAGCGAUGGACAUGCAGGUAGCGGAAACUUUGGCUUCACAGACCAACAAGUCGCUUUCGACUGGGUGCAGCAAUAUGUCAAAUUCCUGGGAGGUGAUCCUCAGAAUGUGACUGCCGUUGGUGAAUCUGCUGGGGGCAUCUCAAUCAGCAAUCAGCUGCUGGCCGCGAGCCCACCAGUAUUUCAUCGGGCUGUGUGCAUGUCAGGUCUAUCCGCGGCCAUUCCAGCAUGGACGAUCGAGCAACAUGACCGCUUUUUUGAGGCUGUUUGCCAUCGUUUCGAGAUUGAUCCUUCUGCGCCUGAAGCCUUGGAUCAGCUGCGUGCUAUUCCGCAACAGGAACUUGCAAAUGCAACUCCGGAUGUUCAAGGUGUUCCGUCGGGCACAGGAAAUCCAUGUCUAGACGGGUGGUUUUAUCGUUCUGGAGUCAACCCGCUGGGAGUCAAUACCCCACCAUCAUGGUUGAAAGGGUAUAUGUUCGGUGAUACCUACCAUGAAGGUGUCAUUUUCCACUUGAACCUGCUCGAGGAUGACUACCAUUCUGUCCGCCGGGUGCUUCAAGCUUAUAUUAGCGAUGAGGCUCACACGGAUCAAAUCCUAAAGGCGUACGGAAUCACCAUUGAUUCUCCACAAGAAGAGUUUCUCAGGCGCGUGGAGCACAUGUGCGGUGACGCGAUUUUCAAGAUCCCGAACUACGUACUUGCUCAGACAGCUCAGAAGCCAUUCCUCUAUCACUUUGAUCAGCGGUCGCGUCUCCAGAAUGCUUUCGAGGGCACGGCGUAUCAUGCACACGAGCUACUCUAUCUUUUUAUGAACUUGGAGAACGAGUUCAAUGAAGAGGAAAAGCAGAUGGCUCAUGACUUUUCCUCCGCUUGGAUUCGAUUCGCAAAUGGACUAGCACCGUGGAAUGUGGAUAGCGAGGACCGUAAAUGGAUGGUCUGGGGGCCAAGUAGUAGAGUGGCGUUGAAGAAUGAGAGUGAGGAUCAAGAGACUCGUGAUUAUAAGCGCAUAAACAUGAUUUUGCUGUUAGACGACGGAAAAUGUUGGGAAAAGUGGCUGGCUGGAGUGGACGCGCUGGUCAAUCAGCGGUGGAAGCUAUUUGGCAACGCCUAG